CGUACUUUUUUGUUUGCUAUUGCUAUUACAAUUAUCUCGGCUCCGAUGACCGAUGUCCGAUAGUCUGAUUAAGUCAUUCUCAUUUAUACUUCUGUUUUUAUUGUUUUUAAUAUCCACGAUAUAGACAAUUCAAACGUGUAAUAUCAUACAAAGAUGUCCAUUAUUUACCUAGUAAUAACUAAUAUAGAUUUGAAUAUUUUGUACACAUAACAUUUUUUAGUCAUGAAAUAGUGUCGAAUUUGACGAUACAUAUCAAAAUGAGCGAAAAAUCAUUCAAAAAUCUUAAAGCUAAGUUGCUAGAAUGCAACAAGUUACCAGAACCAAUAAAGGACAUAUUAAAAAUAACGAACAAUAAUUCAUUAAAAGACCUAGAUGAAAACAAUUUCAAUCAUUUAUGGAUUUUGAUACAUGAUUUCAUCAAGGAAACUACACUCGCUGAAAAUAUUACAGAASAUGUAGAGCUAUUGUUAUGUUAUGAAUCCAUUUUGAACCUUGUCAACUAUACAAUUACUUGUGCUGAUGACAACAUAUUAGGUGUAUUACUUAAAACUAUACUGGUUUUUCAAACUUUUUACACUACAAAUCUCAAAUAUAAGUUCAAAAUAGAUAUAAUAAAAAUGUGCUGUAGCUUCUGGCAAUUAGUAACUUCAUCACCAACACAAAAUGGAACUGACAAUAUAUACAAUUUUGACUUAAUUUUAACUCAAAAUUUUGUUUUUACUUUUAAUUAUCUAUUUGAUACUAUUAAAGUGACUACAAAAAAAAUGGAUUUGAAAGUAUUAUCUACUUUACUCUGGGAAUUUUGCAAGAUUGUGAGCAAUUUGCCUUCCAAUAUAAAUGGAUUAAACUUAAUUGUUCCAAAUUUAAAAAAAUUGAUGAAGUACCCAUUGUUUCUGGAAACCGAAACAGGAAAAUUGACUAUUGCAGAUAUAUUUACAUGUAGUCAACAACUAUUUCUCAAAUUUCAUCAAACAGUUAAACAAAACUUACCAAAAGCAAACAAAUCAGAAGCUGAAGCAUAUGGGGAGAUAUAUUUUAUUUCUUGGAUAAAUUCUAGUUCAUCCAUAAAAGAAAUAAUUGAAGAACAAAUAUUUGAUUUAAUAUCCAAAACACUGACAUUACGGCGUACAGGUUUAGCUUUUUAUACUUACCGUAAUGCUUUAAUUCUUUUGCAAAGUAUGCAAAAACACAGAAAACAUUUAAUGUUCAGCAAAGUUAUUACCAAGCUAUAUGCUCCUGUUAUUUGGAGACAGUUAACGAGUGAAUUUAGUGUUGUGAGAUGCAAUGCUACUGACAUUUUAGCAAGAGCUUAUCCUUUGGAAAAAAGAGGAGAAGGUCGAGAAAUAUCUUCAAGGUUUUUAAUGAAACAACAAAAUGCAUUUCUGGAUUUAUUAGUAGAUGUUUGCCCUCAAGUUCGAAUAGCUGCUAUAAAAGGAAUUUGUAGCUGCAUGAGAUAUUUUUGGAAUUCAUUUGAAGAUGAUCAAAUAAUUGAAUGUUUUAAAUUAUUUAUACGUUUAAUUGAUGAAAGCGUAUUUGAAGUAAGAAGKGUUUUAUUUUAUGGAUUUUGUCAGUUACUCGACGAGGUUAAAUCCCACAGCUACUUUAAGAACCCUUUCCUUAUUACAAAAAUGAAAAAUACAUUUAGUGAUGAAAAUGAAAAGGUUCGGCGUUCUUUUAUACAUUUCUUACUGAAAAUUAAAAAGAUUGAUAAUCAGUCAGACACCAAAGAUAAAAUCAACUUUACAAAAAUAGUUGACUUAAGAGAUAUUGCUUUUGCACUUGCUCGUGAAGAUAAGCAAAAUGGACUUUUACUUGUUGAUUUAAUUUUUGAUAACUUUAUUGGAAAUAGAGUACCCGACAAGCAUACAACACUUAGAAGAUUUUAUACAUUUUACAAAAUAAAUCCCAGUGCUUUUCGUAAACUGAUAAUUUAUUCAGAAAAACAUCUUGACUUCAAUAGUGCUUGCAAACUGAUUUUAUCAUUAUUAAAAACUGUAUAUAGUGCACUAAAAAAAAAAGAAGAACGUUUGAAAAAUAUAGAUAAAGAAAAUGAUAUGCCUCCCAAAAGGCAUAAAUCAAAUGAUGAUUCCGAUAUAUCCAAUGAUACACAUAAUUCAUCUUGCAGUUCAUCAUCAGUUAGUAAUAAUGAUGAUGAAGAACAGAAUGAACAUAAUAAUAUAUGUUGUAUUUUGGACUGUGUUAACUGCCUUAUGAUACUCCAUUGUAAUGAAUUUAAGGAUGAAGAAGCCCGUCAACAAAUUAAAGAUAUUCAGGAUUCUUCCAUCACAUGUUUAAUUAAAAUACUCAAGUUCUAUAAGGAAGGUGAUGCUUACUACAGUGCAAUUAGCUUAGCAAGUUUAAUGCCGGUGACAAAAUUGAGUGMCCAUGUAUCAAUAACAAGUACAGCAUUAUCUACUUUAAAACAGUUGCCUUAUGAUAUAAAUCAAGCUGAAGAAGAGAUUGAUAUGCGAAAAGUUAACUGUCUUGUUUAUUCAUUGUGCAUGUGGAAACGAGGUUAUGAGAUACUUCAAUUUGUGAAUGUUUGGUUUGAUGAAGCAUUUAAAACUUUAAAUCUUAACGAAACACAAUACCCGGAUUCUAAAAUUGAUAAAGGGAAAAAGGUCAGAUUCAAAAUAAAUUUUGAUGAAUGUAAACCAAUGACUGGUAUCCUAUUGAUAAACUCUAUGAUUACCAAUUUACAAACACAGAAAACACUUAMAGAUUCUGAUGUUAAUAAAAAAAAUACUUACGAUCUUUUCUUAUACUUGCGGCGUGUUAAGGCAGCAAUUGAGAACCGAAUAUCUUCAGAUAAUGUUUUAAGUAACUUAUUAUCAGAUGAAGUUCUAAUUGAGUUAUUCUUAUUACAUAACCGAUUACAUAUAAUUUAUCAUAGUAAGGAAAAAGAUAUUGAUGAAAUUAUUAAGUAUCAAACUUCUAUUUUAGAUUGGGUUAUAAACAAUAUACUUAUUUAUGAUUUACACCAUAAGGAUGAAACAACUAUUAAAUUUGCCGUUAAAAUAAUUGAAAUUGUUAAUAAAAUGUCAUUAAAUAUGUGUUUAAUGGCUUUUGURAAUACAGCGUAUCUGGAUGAUUAUAUUGCAUUUUGUGCUACAGUCUUGCACAAUCAUUUGGGUCCUUGGCUUUUAACAUCAAUGAUUGCAACUUUAGCACAAGUCUCAAAAUAUUUCAACUAUCUAAUAUAUGCAGAAAAGCUUUUAAAUGAUACAUCAAUACUGACAAAUUGUGUCUGUAGUAUCAUAUCAGUUCUCAGUGAAUCUAAAUUUAAUGCAGAACGUUUUAUUAGUGUUAUUGGAGAUCCAAAAAUAUUUCGUAGUAACUUAAUUAUGCUGAUUUUGGAAAUUUACAAGAUUAAUACUGUGGAAUUCAAACAAGUUUUUAUGACACUUAUUGAAACCAUUAUGAAUAUUAUUGCUAAUCAAAUUCGAGAAAUUGAUGAAAUUGAUUUAAAUGAACACCUUACAGAAAUGCCAUUUGCUAGUUAUCAGUUAGCAGCAGUGAUUUUAAAUAAUGCGAAGUUAAGAAAACAUUUUUCGUCUAAUGCAGUUGUAAUAUUCUCGUCUGAUGUAUUUAAAAAUGACUAUGUCUUAUUACUAUCAGCAAUAUCUUAUGUUUACACUUUAUCAUUUCAAUUAAGCAAAACAAUAACAAUUGAUCUUGAACCAGUUGUAAAACUGCUUUAUAAAAUUUUGAUGGAACAUGACAAAACUAGAACUCCACUUGGUGAUAACUGCACCAUAAAUAAUACAAAAGCUGACCGAGGUGUUUCUGUUUUGGAAACCUCAGACUUCAGUAAUGAAAUUACAAAUUUCAAACAAAAAGGACGCAAUGUUUUAAUCGCAACUGCUAAGCAAUUGCAUGUUACUUUAUCUGAGUAA